UGGGACGCCGGUUUCUUUAACAUUGAGAGAGCUGCAGGCUGGAGGAGUCGGCUCAGUGGCCUGACGGGAUGGGGAUCCCGCUGCGAGCGGCCCGGUACCCCGUCCAACCCUCCCCCAACUAUGGUGUGCUGCUGCGAGAGGGGACGCUGAUGUCAUAAGACAACGGACCACUGGACUUUUGUUCCCCCUCCGUCCUGGCUAGGCUUUCUUUUCAUCAACUCCUCGUCCCAUGUGAGCUAAAUGCCUAGGCUCGUUUCACCGAUGAACUCAACCAGUGUUCUGGAUUUCUUUCCACAUAAGCCAACCAUGGCUCUGGAUAUUGCUAUGAAGUUCUAUUUGCAUUCACCAGCACUACAGCAAGACCGCUUGGAGUGCAGGAUAAUGCCUAAACCAAAGAAGCCACUGAGACCAUGCAUCCAGCCAAACGACAAAUCCUUGCUCACAGAGAUGAAGAACCAGGAGAAUAAAGUUAAAAAGAAGGUUUCCUUUGCCGACAACAGAGGUUUAGCCCUCACAAUGGUGAAGGUGUACUCAGACCUUGAUGAUCCUUUGGAAAUCCCUUUCAAUAUAACGGAGUUAAUAGACAAUAUAGUCAACCUGACCACUUUGGAGAAAGAGCACCUUGUGUUAGACUUUGCCCAGCCGGCAGCAGACUACUUGGAUUUCAGGAACCGCAUCCAGACAGACUAUGUUUGUCUAGAAAAUUGUAUGCUCAAAGAACGAUCUCUUGUUGGCACUGUAAAGGUCAAGAACCUUGGCUUUGAGAAAUGUGUCAAGAUACGGAUGACUUGUAAUUCUUGGCGAGCUUUUACUGAUCAUGAAUGCCAGUAUGUUAAAGACACCUAUGCUGGGUCUGAUAGGGACACGUUUUCUUUUGACCUUGUCCUGCCAGAUGACAUCCCUCCACAAGAGAGACUAGAAUUUGCAGUUUCUUUUGAAUGCAAUGGGAAAACGUACUGGGACAGCAAUAAGGGACAGAACUAUAGAAUAACUCGUUCAGACUUUCAGAGCCGUCACUGUAACUCUGAUCACAACAUUUCUCUAGAUCAGUUUGGAAGUCCCAGGUGCUCAUAUGGUAUAUUUCCGGAAUGGUCCAGCUACUCUGGCUUUGACAAACAAGGACCUUACUACUGAACUGUCCUGCGAGCUGUAGUGGAGCCAGUCCAGACACCGUAGACUUGGAAUUUGGAUGUGUCAGAUGACAUUAGUUAGGACUCUCAUAUACGAGGUUAUGAUGUGAUAGUAUUUGGUUCUCUGCGAAGAAUGACUUGAUCCUAUUUAUCAAGUCUCAAUUGGCACCUUUUGUGGAAGUUUUGGGGUAAAAGCUAGAAAAUGCUGCUAAUCUGUUUUCCUCUUUCCAACCUAAAAGCUGCUACAGUCUUACUGAAGAGACAACUUUUUUCAUGUUCUUUACAUUUCUUUGUCGUGUGCAUUCCACUAGGAUGCCUAUGAUGUAGAUCCUGUGCCAGCGCUUUAAUGUAGACUCUCUCAAAAUUUGGAGCCAGUAUGUAACAUUGCUGAUCCGUCCGAUUCUGCUCAGGCGACGUGUUUUUAUAGUCUUCUGGAACGGAGUUAAUAAAUGUUUAUUUGCACUGGCCAACCCUAUGCGCAUACACUGCCAUGGUGCCAGAAUAACAGGCCUAUUAUGUUUUUAGGUUUGUUUUAGCUGUUGAUUCGACCUAAUGGAGUCCUUUUUUAAUAUUUCUCACCUGGGUGCUUUUCAGCUCUCUAAAGCUUUUUUUAUUGUCUGUAUCACAUGAAUUGCAUAUUUUUGUCUGUUCACUUGGAAACCCGUGCCUUUAAAUCUAUAAUGUAUUCAUAUUUGACCUCCCUCUGCAUGUGUAUGCUUUUGUGUUUGCAGUAGGUUUCCAUUGGUGACGUUAUUUAUACUUUUAGGUGGACGCUGGUAUCCACGUAAUAGGUGGUGACACUUUUAACUUUAUUACUACUGACAUACUUUUCUACCUGGCUAAAUAAAAUUAAUUGUGUUAAA